AUGCCGUGCUUCAAAGGCACAUGCUUUUGGAGCCGUCUUUUGGGUGAUGACUUUCUUGUUCUUGUCACCACCAUGGAAGGUCCCAGGACACAGAGACUCAUUGUCUUAUGUUUCUGCCGCCUCCGCUGGGCUCUGCGGAACAAGGAAACUCAGCAGAAGUUUGUCAGGCUGGACGGCAGCAUCCGGACACUCAUUGGGCUCUUCACCAGCAGGCUGGCUGACAUGCAGAUGGAGGCAGCCCGCUGUCUCCAUGAGCUCUCCCACUCCAGUGACCCUGCUGUGGCUGAGGCAUGUCUGCCAGCAACCUCCUAUCUCCUCACCUACCUCUCGGGACAUAGCGUUGAGUUCACGGAGCUGUGUUUGUACACCCUGGGGAACCUGGUAGUGGAAAGCGAAGCUAUGAGAAAGCAGCUUCUGCCUCAGGGCAUCAUUCCAGUGCUGGCAUCCUGCAUCCAGUCCCCACACGAGGCUGUGCUGGAAGGUCUGGGCUACGUCCUCUCGCAGCUCCUCCAAGCCAAGGAAGCUCCCACAGAGAUCAUACCCUUGGUUCUGGACUCUGUUCUCCCCCAGCACAUGAUUCGACUGGUUUGCUCUGACCUCAAGGGUGGGAUAGGAGCAGCCGUGGAGUUUGCAUGGUGUCUCCACUACAUCGUUUGUAGCCAUACAGCCAAUGAAGCAUUGCUGUCGCUGGGGGCCUUGCCUGCCCUCACCUCACUCUUGCUCAACCUGGCUUCUGCAAUCCCCCAGGAUGCUCCCAAGGGCCUGGAGCUGCUUGUCUGCCCAGUGCUGCGGUGUCUUAGCAACCUGCUUGCAGAGGAGACAGGCUGUGAAGUCCAGAUCCAGGAUGAGCGCCUGCUCAUCGCCCUCUUCCUCAUCCUGCAGCACUUCCUCCAGCCGCACCCGUUCAUCGUACAGGAGUGUCUCUGGCUGCUGAACAACCUCACGGCAGACAAGCCCUUCUUCUGCUCCACUCUGCUCUCCCUGGACUUGCUCCCGGCCCUGAUGCAGCUCCUACCAUGUUCCCAGAUGGCCAGCGUGUUGGUCCUAACAGUUCUGUGCAAUAUAGCAGUGAAGGGGCCAGCCUACUGCCAGCAGCUGCACUGGCAGCCUGCCCUGACUCUGCUGCUGCCUGCCCUCACACUGCCCGACCCUGAAGCGGUGGGGCAGUGCCUUGAGCUGCUGCACCUCCUCUUCCAACACUGGCCAGAGGCUGCUGCUGACUUCAUCAGGCAAGGUGGGCACUGGGCCCUUGAGCAGCACCAGAGCACCCCAGAACUCCAGGAGCGGGCACAGGCACUGCUGGCCAUGCUUGGGCAGCCCCUGGGAGCCUCCACCUUCAGCCCCUGCGACACUAGGUUGUCUGCCUUCUCCUAGGCCAUGCCACCUCCCCUCUCUCCCGCUGCGCUCCAAGGAGGAGUCAAUAGAUUCUUCACCCUGUCCCCUGCUUUCCCAAGGGUGGGUAGGGCUCUAACUGCCAGCUCUGGCUGCAUGGGGACGCUGGUCCUUGGCAAGAUACAGCUGUUUCCACCCUUGGAGCUACCAGCAGCCUGCCCCAUGCCCCUCCCCAAGCCCAGUGCAGGGGCAGAGC